AAAAGUUUAGUUAACAUUAUACAGUUCUUACUUGAUAGUAUAGAAAGAAUGGAAAGCACACAUUCUUUGCAUGCAAUUCUGUGAUUUUUCUGUAAAAUGACGUGGAUUUUGAAGAUAAUUUUGAUCCUAAGCCUUCUAUAUUUGUCCACACAACAAAUACCUGACUGGAAUGGAUAUGUUUGCUCCGAAACUUUAGAGAAGAUAAAUGUUACGACCAUAUGUAAUGAAACCUUAUUUCUGUUUUGUGUUAACUACAUAAAUAUAACAGAAACUUAUAACGAGACAGAAUAUUUUUGUUGCACUGGAUGGACUCAUAAUGGCGAUCAAAACUGCAGUAUCCCUGUUUGUUCCUCUGUGUGUCAGAAUGGCGGAUCGUGUAUCAACCCUGACACAUGUCACUGUGCUGCUGGGUAUGAAGGAUCUACGUGCCAAAGUAUAUCAUUGUGCUCGCACUUAUCGCCAUGUUUUCCUGGAGAUUGCAGCGGUGAUCCGAAACAAUGUGUUUGUAGAAAUGGUUUCAGUGGAACAACCUGCUUAAACUUCGACAACUCUUACACACCAGUAUUGCACAGUACAAAUUCAACUUUAUCUUACGUGAAUUCGACAACUAACAUGGUGCAAUAUUCCUAUACUGUAACAUCAAUGACAUCUAACAGAGAAACAUGGUCAAAUCAACAGGAUUAUAAUGUGUUAGUACUUUCAAUUGAUGCCAUAUUCGACACAAAUUCAACCAUUGGUUUUAUACCGACAUUUCCUAACUAUGUCAGUGAUACGACCUUCGGUAUAGUUACUGGUCAGGUGAUAUUCACGUAUACAUUUACUACAGGUGGCAGCACAUCUUUCAGUAGAGAUUGUUCGGGUUUGAGUAGUACGUCGCCUGUUGAUGAUUUACAGUGUAUUAUUCCAAUAGCCGCACCAUUUACAGUUAGCUCUGGAGAUACAUUCACUUUAACUUUUGAUGUAACAUCUGGUGGAAACAGACGACUGAAGAAUACAGACAAUAAUAGUAUCACUGAAACAGAGUCAUAUAGUGGACAUUCAGUGCAAGAGGUAUUAGAAUUUCGAUUUGAUUUUGAGGUGCCAGUCCAUUGUAUACAAAGUUCAUCAUGUACAGAUACUCCAUUGCAAAUGGCAGAUGAUACAACAAUGACUACUAUACGUCCGUACUGGUCAGGCUGGAAUGACACCAUUUCUGGUGUAUAUCGAUAUGUUUUUGAGGUUUGGAAGAUGGAAUACGUACCAGGGCAAGACGGUCUGCGGGAACCACUAAUCACUUCGACAAUAAAUCCAGAACCUUCAUUUAUAACAGAAAUAAUGGCCGACAGCAUAACAUUUCCAGAAUAUACACCAUCAGAACCAGGCGUGUAUUCUUGUAUUUUAGAGGUAAACGACAAGGCGAAUAACUCUAUAUAUGCAAGACGUAUAGUAGUGUUCGAUGAUACGUCAGAUAUUAAUGUUAACACAUCAAAACGACUUUACAUAUCUACAGCUAGUACUGAAACAGAUUAUAUGUGGCAGACCGAGUACAAUGUAGAUGGUGUAACUGAUAUCGAUGUAGUCUGGACAGAUCUGUUUUCAAAUCAUCUCCAUGACAAAGAAUAUUUUCUCUCUAAGAUAUUAGCUUAUGAAGCCCGGCUAAGUGACAAAAUCAAUAGACAUGAUUAUAAGAAAAUUCUCACGGAAUUUGAUGACAACGAAGGUGACAGAACAUUAAAUGCAACAUCCCAUCUAAGAGGAAUUAUUAAAUUUGAAAUUUCUCAUGAAAUUAUUAGCAAGCCAAAAAGUGUUCCACCAGAUUUUGGUUGGAGCGAAAUCUCUCCAUUGUCAGAAACUACAUCAUUCCAAAUGACAACACGUACCAUUGGUGACGGAGACUCUCACCAAGUCUGGAUUCGUGCAACGGAUGUAACGGGCAGAAAUAAUACAAUAACAACAACUAUUCAUUUUGAUAAGACUGGACCGCUUAUUCAUUUAAGUAAUGUUGCCUACAACAUCAAUGGUGGAUCACAACAGUUCACCAGUAGAAUUACAGUUAUUUCCCAAGACUUUCAUAGUGGAGUGUUGAAUGCUUCUUUUGAAAUUGUUCUGAAUGAAACAGGCGAAGUAAAGUUUCGAACAGACGUAAUUGUCAAUAAUGAGACAACAGAAGAUUGUGCGAAGACAGCCGACUGUUACUGUGUUCCUAUGGGACAGUGUUUUACACGUACUAUGACAUUUGAUUUUGACAACUGUUUACUGGCUGUUCCUCUUGAACUAAUUGACUCAGGAGCAUAUUUAUUACACGUAACAUCCUAUAAUACGGCAAAACUUCCAUCAUUGUCCGUUAUUCAGAUUGGUGACGUAGGUCAAUUUAAUGGUGUCAAUAAGUAUCCUAGCCCGUCCUCGAUAUCUGUUAUAAAUAAAACCAAUACAGAAAUUACCAUUCAAUGGACAAAUAGUGUAACCUGCUACCAGAUCGCACAAUUUAUACUAUACUUGCACAGGCCCGAUAAUACUACAGAUAGUUUCAUGAUUGACAAAGAUUCUGUAAUAUACACAAUAACUGACCUUUCACCGGGUGCUUCCUAUGAUAUUGAAAUGUACACUGAGUAUGGAAAUGGAACGAAUCUUAAUAGAAGUUUAGAACCAUUGACAACUAUAUUUUCAACAGCUCAAUAUUGCUCACACCUACAACCAUGCUUUCCUGGAGUUUGUAAUAGUUACAAUGAUGAGUGUGCAUGUUCAGACGGUUUUCUGGGCAAUAAUUGCUUACAGUUUGGUGCCCAGUAUAUGCCAUCAAUUCAUAGGACUAACUCUUCCAUAUCCUUUUAUGAUUCUACGGCUGUCAAAGAUUUGUUCACGUAUAGUACAGAUUCAACCGGAGACAGAAUUACCUGGUCAAAUCAAGAAGACUUCAAUGUGUUGAAGUUUACACUCGAAGCUUCUUUUCAUUCCGAUUCCGUAUUUGGUCCAUUGCCAGGUUAUCCAAACUAUGUCACCAAUGUUACCUUUGGAAUAGUAGAAGGGCGUGUGCAUUUUAACCACUCAACCAUUAAUUCAGGUAACAACGACACCAUCUUAAAAUGUGCACAUGCCAGUAAUAUGAAGCCAGUGGAUGACUUACAAUGUAACUUUAAUGUUGACAAACAACUUAAGCUAACAUCAGGAGAUACAUUAAUAUUAGAAUUUGUAGCAAGAUCAGGUGGAAAACUGGAGCUAAUGAAAAUAGACGACGGUACUGUGACCGGAGUUGAGUUUUAUAAUGGAGCAACUACUAUUGAUGUUUUGGAGUUCAAGUUUGAUUUUGGAGUGCCUAUCCACUGCACAGAAACGUCCACUUGUUCCUAUCAUGCCAUGCAAUUGCAGAAUGAUAUCACAUCGAUCGAAAUUCGUCCGUAUUGGUUAGGUUGGACCGAUUAUCUUUCCGGCAUUUCUAGUUAUACUUUUGAAGUAUGGAAGAUGGAAUAUAAUGCGGAUGCGGAGGGAUUACAAGAACCCCUGAUAACAAAUAAUACCAACCCUUCACCUUUGUUAAUAACCAACAUAUUGGGUAACAACUUAACAUACCCGACUUACAAGCCGACGGAACCUGGAGUAUAUUCAUGUAUACUGGAAGUGAACGAUGUUGCGAAUAACUCUGAAUACGUCCGACGUAUUGUUAUAUUCGACGAUAUCUCAGAUGUGACUGUUAAUAGCUCUCAUCGCCUAUUUGUAUCAUCUGCGAAUAUUGAAACAAACUAUUCGUGGCAAACAGAUUUCAAACCUAAUGCUAAAAAUGAUAUAACAGUAAUAUGGGAAGGUUUGUUCAGCAAUUCUUUGCAUCAUCAGGAACAUAUUUUGGCAAAGGUUUUAGACUACAACCCACGAUUAAGUGAUAACAUACGUCGUCAUAACUAUAAACGAAUCUUGACAAAUUAUGAUGACCAUGAAGGGGACAGAACAGUUGAAAGUAUUUCUAAUAUAAACGGUAUUGUUAAGUUCCAAAUAAACCAUGAAAUUGUCAGUAGACCAUCAUCUGAGGCUCCUGGUGAUGGUUGGGAGGACAUUUAUCCAUUGGCAGAACAUUCUGUUCUAGAUGUGGCUGCAGGCACAAUAGGAGAUGGAGAUUCACAACAAAUAUGGGUUCGUGCGUUAGAUGUGUUUGGUCGCAACAAAACACAAACUACAGUUAUUCAUUUUGAUCAAAGUGGACCAGAUAAUUUCUUAACAAAUGUUGUAUACAAUACAGAGGGUGGAGCCCACACUUUUUCAAGCAGGAUUACGUUUGUAUCCCAAGAUCUACAUAGUGGUGUGACUAAUGUUUCAAUACAAGUUGUGCUUAACGGAACAGACAGUGUCAAAUUCGAAGAAAAUGUGUAUGUUGAAGAGAAGACCACUGAAUCGUGUGCUCUUACACAUGACUGUUACUGUGUACCUAUGGGAUUGUGUUUUAUGAGGUCAAUAACCAUAGAGAUUAAUAAUUGCCAUCUGAGUGUACCGAUAGAUAUGAUAGAGAAUGGAUAUUAUCAUAUUAAUAUUACAUCACACAACACAGCAUCUUUAGACACUUCUACAUUUAUAGAAAUAGGGGAUGUCUCAAAGUUUAACGGUAUCAAUAGUUAUCCAGGUCCCUCACUUGCUACUACUGUCAACAUUACAAAUCGAGCAGUGACCAUACAAUGGACAAAUACAUCCACAUGUUAUGAACGACUGAGAUAUAUCAUCUUACUGUAUAAACCUGAUAAUACGACAGACUUACUUGUUAUUGAUAAAGAUUCUGAUACAUACACAUUUAAUGACCUUUCACCUGGCACCACUUAUACAGCAGAAAUUUAUACGGACUAUGACAGCGAACCAGAAGUUACCCGCAGUCCAAUACCAUUAGAACAUGCGUUUACAACAGCUUCCUUUUGUUCUCAUCUACAACCAUGCUAUCCUGGUCAUUGUAAAAGUGAUAUUGAUGAAUGCAUCUGUUCUAAUGGUUUCAGUGGAUCUACUUGUUUACAAUUCAACGAAAUGCAUUCGCCUUCCUUACAAAGAAGUGCAGCAACUUUUAGCUUCGUAGAUUUGAGCACUAAUAUUGUGAAAUACACGUAUCAAGUGAAUUCAACCGAACAUAAUUUGACAUGGGCAAAUCAGGAAAUGUUUAAUUCAAGGAUAUUUGUACUAGAGGCUUCUUUUGACGGAAAUUUGACAUUCGGAUCACUACCAAGAUAUCCAAAUUACUUGAAUAAAUCUGAGUUUGGUAUUGUGGAGGGACAUAUACAAUUCACACAUACAUUUCAAUCUACUGUUAAAAAUAAAACAGUUCUUCAAUGUACUGAUCCAAGUGAGGAAAGUCCCAUACCUGAACUACAUUGUAAUAUUCAACUAUUAAAUGCAUCACAGUUAUCAUCUGGAGACAUAAUGACUCUAGAAUUCAUGGCACAUUCAGGAGGCAACAGGAAACUAAUAAACUUUGCCGAUAAUGAAAUCACGGGUAUCGAGUUUUAUCAAGGGCAGUCAGUACAGCAGUCGAUGGAAUUUAGAUUCGACUUUGAUAUUCCUGUACACUGUACCCAAAUUUUAUCUUGUGAAGACAAUCCAAUGAAUCUUGAAAACGACAUAACAAAGACACCUAUCAAAGCUAAUUGGUCUGGUUGGGACGAUAAGAUUUCAGGAAUUCAUAAGUUUACGUUCGAAAUUUGGAAGUUGGAUUACGUGUUGGAUAAGGAUGGACUGAUGGAACCGCAAAUUACUAACAUGACAAAUCCUAAACCCUUAUUUCUUAAGGAAAUUUUACCAGAGUCUGACUUUAUAACAAACCUACAAUUCACUCCAGAUAUGUCUGGAGUUUACUCUUGUAUAUUAGAAAUUAAUGACAACGCCAAUAAUUCAGAAUAUGUCCGACGCAUCGUUAUAUACGAUAAAACAUCUGAUGUUUCUGUAAACGAGUCCAGGCGACUGUUGGUUUCAUCUGCGGAGGUUGAAACAAACUACACAUGGCAGACUGUUUACAUCCCUACUGGUAUAAGCAUUAUUAACGUUACAUGGGAAGGACUAUUUCUAAAUCAGCUUCAUUCUGAUGGUCAUUUUCUAGCUAAUGUGUUAUAUUAUGAACCAAGACUAAGUGACAACAUUCUUCGCCAUGGAUAUAAACGCAUUCUUCCUGAAUUCGACGAUAACGAAGGCACAAGAACAUUAGAUGCUAUUGAUAACAUCAAUGGUAUCGCCAGAUUUGAAUUAGUCUAUGAAGUUGUUGGUUCAAAGAAAUCACAGACGCCAGCUACUGGAUGGUUUGAAAUAUUGCCAUUAAUGGAAUCUACAUCAGUACAAAUGACUAGUGGAUCAGUAUCCGAUGGUGACAUAUUGCAAAUUUGGAUUCGAGCAUCUGAUGUUAUGGGGAACCACCAAACACAGACUUCACUGUUAUAUUUUGAUCAAAGUGGUCCUGAUAAUUUCGUUAAUGAGAUUCAGUACAACAUAGAAGAUGGUGGAACUGUUUUUUCAACCAGAUUUUCGUUGAUAUUCCAAGAUCUUCACAGUGGUAUCGAAAAUAUUUCCAUAGAAAUAGUUUUAAAUGAAACUGAUGAAAUCAAGUACAGAACAUAUAAUGAUUCCUUUUCCGUAACGAAGGUUUACUGCUCAUCGACGCCUGAAUGUUACUGUAUACCAAAGGGACAAUGUUUUAUGCGUUCUGUAAAUUUUGAAAUCAACAAUUGUGACCUUGGUGUACCACUAGCCUUACUAAAUGAAGGAACAUUCUACCUAUCAGUAAAAUCAGUUAAUACAGCAAGUUUACAAACAGCAUCAAUAUUUCAGGUAGGAGAAGUGAAAUUGUUUAAAGGAAUUGAUGAAUAUGCAAGUCCUUCCGCAAUAUUUGUUGUAAAUAAAACAAACAGCCAGAUUACAAUUAUGUGGACAAAUAAACCAACAUGUUACCAAAGACACGGAUUUAUUAUUCUUUUUUCCAAACCAGACAAUUCUUCACAAACAUUAAACGUUGAUGCAAAUUCCACUCUAUAUACAUUUGAUGGCCUUUUUCCUGGGUCAAAUUACAGUGUUGAUAUAUAUACCCAGUAUGGAAAUGGAACACAUCAAACAAUGAGUUUACAGCCACGUUCUGUGACUGUUACAACAGACCAAUUCUGCUCCCACUUACAGCCAUGUUACCCCGGUAACUGCAAAAUUGAUAGUGAUGGUUGCUUGUGUUCAAACGGAUUUAGUGGAGCUACAUGUUUGCAAAUUGACGAAGUGUAUAGAUCGGAAUUACUAAGAAUAAAUUCAACUUUAACUCGCAUGGAUACAACUACUUGGAAUGAGAUAUCAUCCAUUUUAGUUAAUGCAACAAACAAUUUAACAUGGACUAAUCAAGACAAAUUUGAUAUUCUUGAACUCCACAUGGAUGCUGUGUUCCAUACCAACUCGACAAUUGGGUAUUCACCAAGUUUCCCAAAUUAUAUAAAAUCAGCUCGGGUUGGAAUAGCUCAAGGGAAUGUACAAUUUAUGCAUAAAACAUUAAUAGAAGGAGAUAAUGUUACAGUUGUGUCAUGUAGUGACAUCAGCGGUUUAAACCCUGUUGAUGAAAUGAAUUGUGUUAUUCGAUUAGAGAGACAAUUUAAUCUGAACUCCGGAGAAACAUUUCUUAUAACAUUUAAUGCCCAAUCAGGAGGAAAUAGGCAUCUUAUCAACAUAGGUGAUGGUACCGAUGCAGGAAUUGAAUAUUAUAUCGGUUCCUAUGUCACACAGAAUCUGGAGUACAGAUUUGAUUUUGAUGUACCUGUCCAUUGCACACAAAACACCAUUUGUGGCCGUACAUCAAUGCAGCUUAUUCCGGAUGUUACAACGACAAAAUUUCGUCCAUCUUGGUCUGGUUGGAUGGAUGCACUUUCCGGUGUUUAUAAGUAUACUUUUGAAGUAUGGAAAAUGGAAUACGUACAAUCGGAAGAUGGGCUACGUGAACCUCUCAUAACAAAUUCCUCAAAUCCUGAACCGUUAUUUUUAUCCGAAAUAAUGGAGGAUAAUAUAGUUUUUCCGGAUUAUCAACCAACUGAAGCUGGAGUUUAUUCGUGUAUUUUAGAAAUAAACGAUAAGGCAAAUAAUUCUGAAUAUGUGAGGAGGAUUGUCAUUUAUGAUAAAGUAUCUGAUGUGGAAUUAAAUUCUACAGGUCGUUUUUAUGUAUCGUCAGCUUCGUCCUCGACAAAUUUCACAUGGCAAACAAGUUAUAAUUCUGAAGCUUCUACUGGUGUAGAAAUCCAGUGGCAGGGGCUUUUUUCUAAUUUCUUGCACGAGCAACAGCAUUUUUUGUCAAAAGUUUUGAACUAUCAACCCCGACUAAGUGACAAUAUAAAGCGAAAUAACUAUAAGCGCAUACUUCCUCGAUACGAUGAUAAAGACGGAGACAGAACAACAAGCUCUAUAUCAAACGUACAUGGAAUUGUCAGAUUUGAAAUUGUACACGAGAAGGUUACUAAACAGAAAUCAGACUUUCCAUCUACUGGAUGGGUUACUGUGGUACCUUUUGCUGAAAACUCUACGUUUCAAAUAUCACAAGAUACCAUUGGAGACGGAGAUUCUCGUCAGGUUUGGAUUCGAGCUUUUGACAUUAUGAACAACAGUAAAUCUGAUACAACUAUGGUUCACUUUGAUAGAAGUGGUCCAGUUAAUCAUCUAACUGGUACUAACUUUAAUGCAAACGGACAAUAUAAAUUUACAAGCAGAUUUACAAUUAUCACUGAAGAUUUACACAGUGGCUGUACAAAUGUCUCUAUUCAACUUAAGCUUGAAAACUCUGAUGAUAUAAAAUAUCAAACCGAAGAAGGGGUGGAAAUUAAGACCAACGCGCAGUGUGAUACAAUCCCGGAUUGUUACUGUGUGCCAUAUAAUUUAUGUAUUUAUUUACAGACCAACGCGCAGUGUGAUACAAUCCCGGAUUGUUACUGUGUGCCAAUGGGACUUUGUUUUUUGCGCAAAAUAGAAUUUGAUGUUAACAGCUGUCUUCUUGCAGUGUCAUCAGAGCUAUUAGAUAACGGCAAAUAUAUUCUGAUUGUGGCAUCCUCUAACACGGCCGGUCUGAAUACGACGUCUGUUUUCGAGAUUGAUGUUAAGGAUAUCGUUGGAAUUAACGAAUAUUCAAGUCCAUCAUCAGUAUCGUUCCAAAAUAAAACAAAGACAGCCGUAACAUUACAAUGGAUCAACACGCCAACUUGUUAUGAACCGAACAGAUAUAUCAUAUAUUUGUUACAACCUAACAAUUCUACCAGAGAGUUUGAGAUAAGUCCGAACGAAACAACAUUCACUAUAACAGGUUUAUCAUCGGGUGUAUCCUAUAGUAUAGAAAUGUAUACCGAGUACGGAAACCAAUCUUUCACUGUUAGAAGUGCAGAACCAGUAUAUUUACAAUUCGAUACAUCUGACCCAGAAGAAGAAAGUAGCAGUCUGAACCUGGUCCCUAUCAUUGUAGGGUCAGUUAUCGGCUUUAUUCUACUAGUCAUUAUUGCUAUCUUAGCAAUAGUGUAUUUCCUGAAACGACGACAUCGUAAUUUGUGUGUUGGACCAAUCUCAGAACCUGAUGUUAUAAACAAUGCUGCUAAAGCACCGAUGAUUAAAAAGUCGCCUACUAUCAAAAGGAAAUUGUCAAUAAGUGCUCUUUCAAUUCCUGAAAGUCCAUCAUUAGAAAAAGCAAAUAAGAGAUUGCAAACAAACAUAUUUGAUAUAAGUUUACCAAAAGGAAGAGCCAAAACUUUGCCUCCUUUACCACCAUUGAGUUCAACUAUACAGAAACAGCCUUUAUAAAUUCGGUGUUGAAUAGUUUAAGCUCAUAUGUUUUUCGUGUAUAAUUACAAUUUUCUUAUUUUCACCCACCUUAAAGUUUAUUAAAAAUUGUGAUCAGUUGAUUACUUAGAUUAUGUUUAGAUAACCUGUUACAGUUUAAUGGUGGCAUUUUGUAAACUAUAUUGUAUGUACUUAGUGUAUAUAUAUACUUAAAAAUUACAGAAUUGAAAAUUAGUAUAA